UUUUAUAAGCGUUCCUACCUCUGACAAUGACAGAUGUGUUACCAAUUUUUUAUUUUUUCGUUUAUUUCUGUUGCUUCUAUCACAUUGGAUGCCAGGAAACAGGAAAUGUACGAAACAUUCUGAACGAAAUAUUUGAAACACAAAAAUACGACAAACGAGUACGUCCGGUGACGAAUGAGUCCCGAUCAAUUGGUGUCAGUGUUUCUCUGUUUACUUCAGGAAUAAAUUACCUGGACGAGAAAACUGGGGUAUUUUCCGUGACAGGGUUUCUCUGGGUAACUUGGAGAGAUGAGUUUCUUGUUUGGGAGCCUAAGCUGUACAACAAUGUGUCUUCGUUUACCAUUCCUCAAGAUAGCAUUUGGAUGCCUGACUUAUUUCUUAGGAAUGGAGUAAAAGAACCAACAGGUUUAGGUGGAGAUUUCUACUAUUUACCUGUCAAAUAUACAGGUAAGGUCGCCUGGUGGCCGUACUCGGUCUUCGAAGCUCGUUGUAAAGUUGACGUCGCCUACUUCCCAUUUGAUACCCAAAUCUGUCGACUGGUUUUUUCUAUUUGGAACCAUGAUAAUAAAACAGUGAACAUUAUAAAAACUGAUAGAUAUGUUCGUUUAUACCAUUUCUUUGAAAACGGAAUAUGGUCUAUUGCAGAAAACAAAAGUUAUUUAGAACUAGACGAGGGAGCAUUAUUUAACCAGCUUAAAGUUUCAUUUACUCUAAAGAGGAAGCAUCAGUUUUAUCUGUGGAAUUUAAUCUUUCCCAUAAUUUUGUUGGGAUUUUUAAAGAUCUUUGCGUUCCUCAUUCCUGCUCAAAGUGGAGAGAAGGUAUCAUUUGCAGUGACCCUUUUCCUGUCGUAUGGGGUAUUCCUGAACUUGCUCACCUCAUCUUUGCCUGAGAAUUCGGACUCGGUUUGUCUGAUUUGUGCUUACAUGGUGAUUCAGCUUACUCUCGGAGUCUUGCUCGUCUUCAUUGUGAGCAUGCAGGUACACAUCUGUAAUCGAGAGAAAAACCUCCUGAUUUCGCGAUAUGAAAUGCGUUUGAUUCGGCUUCUCAAGAAGAACUCUCUAGAAGAAUUCAACAGAAGACACGAUGGAAAGGAUACUGAUUGGACGGUAUUGUCGUCUGCUAUUGACAAACUGAUGUUGAUUUUGAUGACAGCAUUUGAGUUCUUCUUGAUAAUAGUAUUCUCUGUUAUGUUCUAUGUAGAUGCUUAGAAUGCACAAAACCCAGUAAAAGUUUGAUCUGGUAUAUCCAUGGAAGCACACAUUGUGUAUGGAACAACUGUAUGAAGAUAUAAUGCUAAAAAUAUAUUUUUAAAAGUGUAAAAUAACAAAUAACCGUUCUGAAAUCGAAUGGUUUGAUUUGUUCAAUUUGGGGUCAAAG